UUGAAUUUCUGUGCGCAGAGGCAGUGCUGACAACAUUCAAAUAAUUAAUUUUUGAGCAAAGUCCGGCAACAUUUUAAAUUGCGCUCAGCUGUUCAGUGAAAAUAAACAAAAGAUAUAAAAAAAUGGAAGAAACAUUGAUUGAAUUUGUUGGCGAAACCGGUUCCUAUAUGAGAAAAGUCUUGGGAAUUAUAAAAAUAGCUACCUGUGGGACGCCAAAUUUCAGGAGCUAUUUGAGAAAUUGCAUAUUCCAGGUAAAUCUUUAAUUUUAUAACCUAACAGAAAAUUUAUAUUUAUUCAUGUUUUGAAUGUUUUUAGGUGAGAAGCUAAAGGCCCGUUGGCGGACCUUACGAGAUAAAUUUUACAAAGACUUAAAAAAGAGACCAUCAGGAAGCGGUGUGUAUUCGCCACACAAAAAGUGAAAGUGGAUAGAGAGCUUAAAGUUUUUAAAGGACGUUGAAAUGGACAACUUGAACACACAAGGCAAUUAUGGCACCGUAACGACAGAAGGUGACGACUCCUUCCUCAGCGACUUUGGUGAAUCCGCCUGUAGCAGUGUAUAUUUAAAUAUCUUUUCUCAAUCACCACUGACGCAGACGCAGACGCAGACACAGACACAGACACAGACACAGACUGGACGGAAACGUAAAAUUGAGGAAUUACUUGAAAGCUCGAAUAGAGACUUUCAAAGAGUGACGUCGUUAGCCGAGGAAAUAUUGGUCGGUGGCACGGAGAGAUCCGCAAUUCAAUUUUUUUUUUUUGAAAGCCUUGCCAAGCAGGCGGAUGGAGCUAAUUUAAAUAGCCUGGAAAUGUCGGAGUUACAACUCCAAAUUUCUCAAACAUUCCACCAAUUUUUUGUGAAUCGUAGAAAAUAAGUUUUUCAUUAACAUCUUUUAUAAUAUUUAGCAUUUCAAAUAAAAGCCCAUUCAUUUCAAAUAUAUAAAAAAGUACAAAGUUA